AUGGACAAAGAAAGAGGGACGUUCUAUGGUAUUUUUGCGGAAACAGACGAUGCCCGCCAGGUUUUUGUUGAAAUAUCUGAGCCAGAUAAAGUGUCUCACAACGCAAUGCUCGAUGCAUACUGCAAAAAUGGGAAGAUGGCUUCUGCACGCCAACUGUUUGUUGAAAUGCCUUGGCGAGAUGUCGUCUCUUGGACCACUAUGGUCAACGGUUGCGCCAAGAAUGGGCACUGCAGAGAAGCAUUUGAUUUCUUUAAAUCUAUGGUGGAUAUGGGUUUAUCGCCUCAUGAAGCCACUCUGGUUAGUGUUAUUUCUGCCUGUGGUGGUCUAGGGGCUGCUAAUGAAGGGAAGUCUGUCCAUGGUUAUCUGAUUAGAAGAAGCAUUAUGAUUACUCCAUUUCUUGGUACUUCACUAAUCGACAUGUACGGAAAAUGUGGUUUGCUAAACUCUGCCGUUAUAGUAUUUGGGAGUACGCAACUGAAGCAGUUGUGCACUUGGAAUGCCAUGAUCUCGACGUUUGCAGCACAUGGCUGUGGCAAUGAAGCCAUGUCCACAUACAAUGAUAUGCUGAAGGCUGGUCUGGAACCAAAUGGGAUCACCUUUCUUGGAGUACUCACAGCUUGUGCACGAGCUGGUUGUGUUGAAUUAGGCAUCAAAUAUUUUGAUUCUAUGCAUAAAGAAUUCAACAUUUCACCGUGGACUGAGCAUUAUAGCUGCAUGGUUAAUCUGCUCGGUGCAGCAGGUCUCUUACUGGAGGCUAGCGAGUUUAUAAGGAGGAUGCCAGUGGAUGUUGAGGGAUCAGUCUGGGGUGCCUUGUUGGGGGCUUGCAGGCUGCAUGGGGAGUUAGGUUUAGCUGAGUCCGCAGGCCAGAGGCUUCUUGGUUUAGAGCCUGAGAGGUCUGGAACUUAUGUUGUAUUGUCAAAUAUCUAUUCUGGUUGUGGUAGGUGGCAGGAAGCCAUAGAACUUAGAGAAGUUAUGGCUGAUAAAGGAGUCAAGAAAUUGGCAGGGUGUAGUUGGGUGAGCACCAACCCCACUUCGUGAUUUACCUUGUAGAAGGACAUGAAAGAAUUUAUUGGAAGUUCAUAGCCAUGAAAGACCAAGGUUUUGGUGGACUGGAAUGGCUUCCUGAACUGGACUAAGGCUUGAAAACUAGACCCACUGCAUGCCUGAUUGCAGCAGCUUGAGCUCAACUCGGUUUUCACUUACAAGGUAGUCGCUGUUCGAGUUCGACUCAUUUUCAGCGCAUUGAACCCAAUGAGGUUUAAUUAUCAAGGUUUGGUCUUCGGUACAGUAAAUGUUCAUAUGAACUUAUUUUGUUCAUAAAGAUUGAGGUUAUAAAGCUGACGAUGAUUCUUCAUCCUACAUUCAUGGAUGCCAAAUAAUCUUGCUGUUCCUGUCAUUUUCAAGACUCUGCGACUUCUCAACACAGGAUAUUCUGUGGUUGAUCACAGAUUCCAUCUGCAACAUCUCUGCACAUAAAGAACUUAGAUAAUCUAACAGCUAUUAAGUUUCUAGUCAAUAGUAUUGUUAUAUGUCUCGACCUAAUCACCAGAUCUGUGUCGUGGUUCUUGAUCUUUCAUGUGCCAAACCGAAGCAGAUGAUCAGGUGGUUGAGAUCCAUCGAACUCAGUGCUGAGGUCAAUUGAGGCAGGUCAUAAGAACACCACAAUUUGCAGGUAUGUCCCUUUCAAGAGAAAGCACAGGAAGCAAACAGUGUUUUUGUGAACGAUUCUGCAGCUAAUUGUAGUGAAACUUCUUUCAACACAAAUAACAAGACAACCAGGUGGAAGAAACUGAGAGUGCAUAGUUUUUGUGUCUAUAUUCAAAUUGUCUUAGAAUCGGCGAUGAUUGGUUACUAAAUCAUUUGGCUUCAGGUGUGGUUGGCGUGUUGACUACUGAACAGAAGAAUGUGGCUUGAUGAUUUUGCCAAAUAACUCAGACAGGUAUAAGAGCUAAUGAAAAAAAUUCUUGAUGGGACCUAAUGCUCAUUAAGAAAGUUAUCAGAAACGGCUUGCAGCCGCAUGGGAUACUGGAAGAAAAUGAAAAAGCUUUUGGCAAACGUUGGCUGGACUUGGUGAUGUUUUGCAGGAUUUCCUGUAGGUGUAAAGCAAUGGACUCCCAAAACCGCUUAUAUAUGCUCUGUUCAUGGCUUCUCUGAUCUCAUCAUGUGCAACUUGUUAAUUGAUUGACUUCAUUCGGGGAGGGGCUUUGUUUUAUACAUUAAGGCGAGGCAUGAUAGGCUUUCUGUGGACCGCCAACCAUCGGAAGGAGGGAUUGCAGAGGCGUUGUUGGAUGAAGAGGAAGAGGAUGUUGAUGCCAACAUGGUCGUGACGAAGUGCUGUGAGAUUCAGAAUGCCAUUUCCAUAGGAGCAACUUACUUCUUGUUCAUCCAAUAGGCCAAUACAAGUAUCUCGGUGUUUUCAUGAUUGUUUUUGGCAAUUAUAUUCUUGUUCCUGGGUUCAGUGAAAGGCUUUAGCACACAGCCAGAACUGUGUGCCUAUGAUGAACAGAAGUUGUGCAAACCUGCACUUGCAAAUGCUGUAUUCAGCACCAUUGAGUUCCUUCUCGAGGCCUUAACCUCUGUAUUUUUUUGGUUUUCUUGGCAUGAAGAUUGCAACAUAUGCAAAUGCAAGGACUACACUAGAAGCAAGAAAGGGGAACAGAGCUUUUGUUGUGGCCUUCAGGUCUGGUUCUGUCGUGGGUUUCCUGCUUGCUGCCAAUGGACUAUUGGUACUCUUUGUUGCAAUUUAUCUGUUUAAAUUGUACUAAGAGAAUGACUGGGAUAACUGUUGAGGACCUUACCCCUAGAGCCAGUGGAA